AUGUGUAUUCUUAUCUCCACUACCUCUCACCCGGACUACCCACUAAUACUUCUUUCAAACAGAGAUGAAUAUUUCGGAAGACCGACCCAAUUGGCUAACAAGCGAACGCUUCCAAAUGGCACGGAGCUACUUUCGCCUCUAGAUCUCGGCCGGAAGGAGCACGGAACUUGGAUCGGGGUCACUUCUCUGGGGAAAUUAGCUGUGUUAGUCAAUUAUUGCGAACCGAAUAUGACAGUUAGCGAGGUAUCGAGAGGAAUUUUGCCCAUUGACUACUUGUCCUCUGAUUUGGAUGACGACACUUGGUAUACGAGCUUGGAAGAAUCGCUUUCGAAGAAGGUAUGUGUCAGAACUUCUAAUGUUCUCAAUCUGAUUGGUGGUUUUACAUUGGUUUACGGUAAAUUAGACAUUGAUGAAACAACAGGGCGUAUAAAACCACUCAAUAUCAUCAGUAAUCGCGGAGAUCGGGGUAAAAUACAUGCGGAGCAUGAUCUCCGCGGGGACCUUCAUCAGCAAAUUGCUCUGCAAAAAACGUUUUCGGUAUCUAACUCCUUGUAUUACGAGCCAUGGAAAAAGGUAGACUUGGCUUGCAAUAGUCUCUCCGAAUUGGUUGAGACUUCUGUAUUCAAGGGCUUCUCUGGCGAGCAAUUGGUAGAGGCAUGUUUCGAUGUCUUAUCGAAGGACACUUUUCCCCGUGAACCCAACAAUGACCUUUUAAAGCUGCCAGAAACUAUGAAAAGUCUCCGAGAGUCUGUCUUCAUUCCUCCUUUGAAUUGCACCCCUACCUCGGCUAGUCCAAUGUUGUACGGAACACGCACCCAAACUGUCAUUUUACUACACAAGUCGAGAAAACUUCACUACUACGAAAGAGACCUACACUCAAUUAAUGACGAAAAAAUCGAAAUCAAAGAACAAAGUUACCUGUUUGACUUGUCACCUGCCUCGGAUAUCUCUUAA